CGCCGCGGGAGGAGCCCGGCACCGAGCAGAGCCCGUCGGAGCUCGGUCGGCGCCUUCGCCUCUCUGCCGUCUCCACGGAAAGAGCCCCCCGCCGCCUCGGGCAGGACCAUGCCCCGCCAGCUGCUCUCAGGGACCGUGCUGCUGGGAGCCGCCUUCCUGCUCGCAGGAUCGACUUCAGGAUCAAAAUUGAAAGUUCCUGUGCUGAGCGUGAAUGGCAGACAGCACGUCGUUCAAGCAGGCCAGACUUUAAAUCUCACAUGCAGGGGGGAAAUGCUUCAUUCAUGGUCUUUGCCUGAAGCUCUAAGUAAGGACAGCAAAAGGCUGAAUGUAACUAAGUAUGCCUGUGGAAGGAACGGGACACAGUUCUGCAGCACUCUGACCUUGAGCAGAACUCAAGCAAAUGACACUGGAAGAUAUAGCUGCAGAUACCCAACAAGUCCAGUGAAAAAGAAGAGGGAAUCUAUAGUCUACGUAUUUAUCAAUGAUACAAGCAAUCCAUUUGUAGAGAUGCACAGUGAUAUACCUAAAAUAAUACACAUGACUGUGGGAAAAGAAAUGAUCAUUCCUUGCAGAGUCACAGCACCGAACAUUGCUGUCACGUUAAAAAAGAUUCCCAGAGAAACCUUAAUUCCUGAUGGCAAAACGAUAAUCUGGGACAACAUGAGAGGCUUCAGAAUACCUGAGGCAACCUACAGAUUCAUAGGGCUCCUGAGCUGUGAGACAACCAUCGGUGGGCACAAGUAUAGCACGAAGUACCUAACGCACCGAGAGACCAACACAAUUUUUGACAUUAAGUUAAGCACCCCACGCCUUGUCAAGCUGCUGAAGGGAGACAGCCUGGCAAUCAACUGCACUGUCAAGGCAGCCUGGAACACCCGCGUGCAAAUGACGUGGACUUAUCCUGGGGAGGCUAUGAAGAGAGGUUCUGUAACACAGCGCAUUGACCAGAAGAAUAGAGAAGCCAAUGUUUUUUACAGUAUUCUUGUUAUUGACAAAGUUCGUGAUAUUGAUAAAGGCCAGUACGCCUGCCAUGUGAAGAGUGGACCCUCAAACAAAUUAGUCAACACAACAGUCAUAGUUUAUGAUAAGAGAUUCAUUAAUUUGAAACGUCGAAGAAAAACUAUGCUGGAGGCUGUAGCAGGAAGAAAAUCCUAUCGCUUGCCAAUGAAAGUGAAGGCAUUUCCCUCUCCAGAGGUUACAUGGUUAAAAGAUGGGUUGCCUGCUGCUGAAAAGUGUGCCCGGUACAUGGUUAAAAACUAUUCAUUAAUCAUCAAGGAUGUUGCUGAGGAAGAUGCUGGAAACUACACUAUAAUAUUGAGCUUACGACAGUGGAACUUGUCUAAAAAUCUUACAGUCACUCUUAAAGUAAAUGUGAAACCCCAGAUAUAUGAAAAUGCUGUGUCAUCAUUCCCUGAUCCAAAUCUGUAUUUACUGAGUAGCAAACAAGUGCUGACAUGCACCGUGUAUGGUAUUCCUCCGCCAAAAAUUACAUGGAUGUGGUAUCCCUGUAGACAAAACCAUUCUAAAACAAGGCGUGGCUUCUGCUCUCGCACUGAUGGAUCUUUCAACCUGAAAACUGGCAGCAACAUAGGAAACAGGAUCCAGAGCAUCAUUGAGCGAACAGCCAUCAUAGAGGGCAAAAACAAGACUGCUAGCACUCUUGUUGUAGCUGAAGCCAAAUCUUCUGGAAUCUACAGCUGCGUGGCAUCCAACAAAGUAGGAAAAGCCGAAAGAAACGUCAGCUUUCUUGUAACAGAUGUACCAAGUGGAUUCCACAUUAGUUUGGAAAAAGUUCCCAUUGAAGGAGAGAAUCUGGUAUUGUCCUGUUCAGCCAACAAAUUCAUGUACAAAGACAUUUCUUGGAUUUUACCGAGGACAGUCACUAACCAAACAAAAGCAAGAAAGGCCCUCAACAAGGAGUACUCCAUCACCCUCACUCUGACCAUCAGGAAUGUUUCCCUGGCACACUCAGGCACCUAUACCUGCCGAGCAAGGAACAUAUUCACGGGGAAAGAAGUGCUUCAAAAGAAAGACGUUUCAAUCAGAGCGCAAGAGGCACCAGCUCUGCUGCGGCAGCUCAUGGAUCAGACGGUGAACACCAGUAACUCUGCCAUGCUGGAGUGCCAGGUUCAUGGCAUCCCCGAGCCCCAGAUAACCUGGUUUAAAAACCACGAGGAAAUACAGCAAGAAUCAGGAAUAAUUUUAGGGCCUGGAAGCCGAAUGCUGUUUAUUGAAAGAGUAAAAGAGGAGGACGAAGGACUUUAUCAGUGCAUAGCCACCAACUUGAAGGGGUCUGUGGAGAGCACAGCGUAUGUCACAGUACAAGGCACAGUGGAGAGAUCGAACCUGGAGCUGAUAACCCUGACCUGUACCUGUGUGGCUGCAACGCUUUUCUGGCUCCUGCUGACCCUCUUCAUUCGGAAGCUGAAGAGGCCUUACUUUUCUGAAACAAAGACGAAUCACUACCUGUCAAUCAUCAUGGAUCCAGACGAAGUGCCCUUAGAUGAGCAAUGUGAAUGUCUGCCUUACGACGCCAGCAAGUGGGAGAUUGCACGGGAACGGCUGAAGCUAGGAAAGUCACUUGGACACGGCGCCUUCGGGAAGGUGGUACAGGCGUCUGCUUUUGGAAUUAAGAAAUCGCCAACAUGCAGAAUUGUUGCUGUGAAAAUGCUGAAAGAAGGGGCCACAGCGAGUGAGUACAAAGCACUGAUGACUGAGCUCAAAAUCCUGAUCCACAUCGGCCAUCAUCUGAAUAUUGUGAAUUUGCUGGGAGCCUGCACAAAAAAUGGAGGGCCUCUGAUGGUGAUUGUUGAAUACUGCAAGUACGGGAAUUUAUCAAACUAUCUGAAAAGCAAGAGGAACUUUUUCAGCCCCACCAAGGACCCCUCUCUGCAAGGAGAGCUGAUGAAAGACAAAAAGGGUAUUGAGCCCGUGGAAGGCAAGAAACAAAGACUGGCCAGUGUUACCAGCAGUGAGAGCUUUGCGAGCUCUGGGUUUCAGGAAGAUAAAAGUCUGAGCGAUGCGGAGGAGGACGAGGAGGAUGCUGCUGAGCUCUACAAGCUGCCCCUCACUAUGGAGGACCUGAUUUCAUACAGCUUCCAAGUGGCCAGGGGCAUGGAGUUCCUCUCCUCCAGAAAGUGCAUUCAUCGUGACCUGGCAGCCAGAAACAUCCUUUUAUCUGAGAACAAUGUAGUGAAGAUCUGUGAUUUUGGCCUCGCAAGAGAUAUUUAUAAGAAUCCUGAUUAUGUGAGAAAAGGAGAUGCUCGACUUCCUCUCAAGUGGAUGGCUCCAGAAUCCAUCUUUGAUAAAAUCUACAACACCAAAAGCGAUGUGUGGUCCUACGGGGUGUUGCUGUGGGAGAUAUUUUCCCUGGGCGCCUCUCCAUACCCCGGAGUCCAAAUAGAUGAGGACUUCUGCAGCAAACUAAAGGAAGGCACAAGGAUGCGGGCCCCAGAGCAAGCCACCGAGGAGAUCUACCAAAUCAUGCUGGACUGCUGGCGGAGCAACCCCAACGAGCGGCCAUGGUUCUCGGAGCUGGUGAAGCGGCUGGGCGACCUGCUGCAGGCCAGCGUGCAACAGGAAGGCAAGGACUACAUCCCCCUCGACACUAUCUUCACAACUGAAAGCGGGUUUCCCCCUGCGUCUGAUCCUUUGUGCAAUGAGAAGUUUCCUGUUCCAAGCCCAAACUGUAGAAGCACGGAAAGAGCCAGAUACAUAAAUACUUUCAAAAUAAAGCCACCCCAGCGCAUAAAGACAUUCGAAGAGCUUCCCAUCAAGGAAAAACUUGUAUUUAACGACUACCAAGCAGACAGCGGGAUGGUGCUGGCCUCAGAAGAACUGAAACGCUUCACGUGGACAGGCAGCAAGCAAAAGUGGACACUCUUUGGCAUGAAAGGUGUCAGUAGGAGCAAGGAGUCAGGGCUUUCUGGAAUAACAAAGCCAAGAAGCUUCUGCAGUUUCAGUUGUGACCAACUCAGCGAGUCCAAGCGAAGAUAUACCUACGGAAACACAGUGCUGGAGAAAAUGAAAGCGUGCCACUCUCCCCCUCCUGACUACAGCUCAGUGGUCCAUUACUCUCAGCCAUCCAUUUGAGUGUUUCUGGGCUAUGACUUAUGUAGCUUGCUCUGAAAGUAAUGCCUCCUAUUAUUUUUUUCCAUGGAAACAACAACAGAUACAAGAAUAACGACAGUAUUUGAUACAGCAAAUUCUCAGCUACAAAAUGUUACUUUUCAAUACAGUCAUCACCUUUAGUUGAUUCAUGUGGAUGAGCUGAUUGAGACACUUCAUUUUGUGGUGUGACAGCUGUGCAAGGCCAUCUGGAUGAUGCCUUGUCUUUCACGUCUGUCACCAGCACCAAAGCGCACCACCCACCACCUCACUGUGCUCACAUCCACUGUUUGGUUCAGCAAGCUUCUACGAAUGUCAGUGGGUGCCCCUUCUUCUGCAUGGAGAAACUCAAUGACACACCUUUGCUUUAUACACACUUUCAUGGCAGAUGCCAUUCUGUCAGACUGCCCCUCUGCUGCCAUCUUUCACACCACAACACAUAUCAGAAUAUUGGUGGGAAGGUUCAAGCUCUACUGCCAUGCCACCAACAUCCGCCUGUGAUGUCACAGACCAGCGCGAUAAAAUAGGAGGCAUUACUUUUAGAGCAGUCCUCACAACAUGCAUUUUUUAAAGAUUUCUCUAAAAUAACAUCAGUUUAGACAUGUUGACCCAAGUAAUUUUAAUUAUGCUGAAAUUUAAGAGGAUAUCAUUGACAAUCUAAGUGAUCUUUGUUUCUACAGACCACUAUAUACAUGUACAAAACAUAGCAAAAUACUAACGCUUAGGCCUUGCCUUUCCUAAUGCUGAACAGCAAUAGCUGUAAUAACUUUCCCAGUGCUUCUGACAACCAGAACAGUCAUCAUUACAAACAAAACAAGUUUGUGGUUUGGUCCCUUGGCAGCAGAAGGGAGAUCAUACACUACUGUUUUCAGUGGAAAUUCUACUUUGAGAUCCUCUGGGGAAGGCUAUUGCUCUGGAUGAGCCAGAUUGGGAUGAGACACCCAUCCCAAUGAUGAGACAUCUCAGAUGAGACAUCUCACCGCUCUGGAGGACAAAAGAGGGGGGGAGUCUUGCAAAGCAAGAAUUUCAAAACACAGUUUGCAAGGAUACAAAAGACCUAACUAAGAUCAGAGCCAGUGCUACGGUAACAGGGAACACAGACCAACUCAGUUUGGUCAAUCCUACUGGAACCAGGUAAAUAUUCCUCAAGUUUUGCACUUUGUCAACAUGCCAACAUACACACUGGAAACAAACAACAAGAUACGCUAAAGCCAAGCUCUGUCCGUGAGAUCUAGCGGGCUUUCUAACACUGCACUGAGUAUAUUUUGUUUAUGGGAAUCUGUCUGAAAAGACACUGUGGCUACUAAACUGCAUAUACUUUAAGCAAAGUAUUAAUUUCUAGAGAGUGUCUAGAGUGCAAUGGGAUUAUGUAGAAGUGACAUGGCAAUCUGUUUGGAAAGUUAGGGCAGCUUUGUGUUUUUUUUAAACGAAGGCAGUUGAAUUUCUAGGUUAGUUAAUAGUAUAUAUGUACAGGAAUAAAAAUGUAUCACUGAUUUAUAACAGACUUUCGUAUAGCAUCUCAGAAAGGACGUGAAUAUUCCCUGUUCAAGGCAUGCAGGGAUGCACUACCCCCUUUCAUCUUGGAAUUCAAUAUUAACAAGGAUUUGGCCAUUUAAGAACACUGAAACAUUGGAAAUAUUACAUAGGAUUCUGAUCUCUUGAGUCACUUUAGGAGCUGUGAACUUCACCCAUUAACAGACCUAAAGGCAAAUGAUCUCAUGUAUGCAAGUAAAAGAAAUAUGUACUGCUAUUUCUAAACUGGAUAUCAGUUCCAGUUCCUCCUUCCCAAAAGACCAUCAGUUUUCAAUACGAAUCAUUGCACCGCCUCUUUCUGGUAAAAAUAAAAAGUAAAAAAAUUCAGAGAACAAUUUCUUAAGUCCAGUUCAGCAAAAAAUUAAUUACGGGAUAAUGCAUCUCUGAAGUGUUUGCACAAUGUAAAUAUAUAAAUAUGCUUUUUGUGCAUAAAUAUUUAAGAAAACGGAACUACAAAGAUUACUUUUAUAUGGAUCCCCUACGUUUCUGUGAUGUGAAUAACUCAUAUUUUAUCUCACAUUUUCUAUCUUCGUAUAGAGUAUUUGAUCGCUAAAGUCAUGCAAUAAACUUUGCUUUUUGGAAGAAUUUA